CGGUGUGUAGAAAGGCAGAGAGUCACCGAGCACGAUGGAUAAUCAGCAGAAGAGGAAUCUAACUUUUCUCAACAUUGGACUGAUAUUUAUGCUGAGCGGCAUUGAGUACGCCGUCAUUCUCCCUACAAUAUGGAGGUAUCUCCAGAUUUUGGAGGCCCCCCCGUACUUCCUGGGUCUGGGUCUGUCUGCCUUCAGUCUGAGCGGGCUGAUCACAGGCCCGCUGUUUGGUUUAUGGUCAGAUCGGAGCAAGACUACAAAGUCCAUCAUCCUUUUCUCCAAUCUUUUUGAGAUUAUCGGUAACUUCAUGUAUUUUAUUGGAUACUCAAAGUGGUUGUUGUUAAGCAGUCGGCUUGUAGCAGGUGUCGGUGCAGGAGCGGGCUCCUCCAUCUUUGGUUUCCUGACUCGGAGCACUCGGCCGGAGGAGCGCGCUGGCAUCUUCGCGGCCAUCAUGGCCUGUCGACAAGUUGGCCUCCUCGUGGGGCCGGCGUUCAACCUGUUCCUGCGGCUGUGUGAUUUCAAACUUGGGCCCUUUGUUGUGAACAAAUACACAUCUCCUGGGAUCUUCAUGUGCCUGUUGUGGGUGCUGCUCCAGUUCCUCGUCCUGGCUAUGUACUGGGAUGUACCACCCAUCAGCUCGGAGGGGGGCGCGGUGAUGGUGGAGAUGAAACAAGAGGAGAAGGAUGAGGAGGAGGUGCUGUUGAUGGGGUCUGACGAUGAGACGGUGCACACCUACAGAGCUGUCAACUCCGACCAAUCAGAGACCUCCGCCUCUUCUGAGAUGGAGCCCGUCCACGGCGCCUCGUCGGCCUCGAACCCCUUGAAAAACUUCAGCGCCAGCAGAGAGUUCCUGAGAGAGGAGGUGGUUGUUCUCCUCACGGCUCAGUUCAUCACUCUCUUCAAUCAGACAGCGCUGGAGACCAUGGUGACUCCUCUGACGCAGCGCCACUUCAGCUUUGGCGAGCUGGGCAACAGCCUGAUGUACAGCCUGUGUGGGGUGGAGGUCAUCCUGGGCUUCUUCUUCGUGCGCUGGCUGAGCAGGAAGGUGGCGGACCGCGCCGUGCUGGCCGUGGGCCUGGUCAUCUGCUGCACCGCCUGUAUCUGGUGCCUCAUCUUCCUCUGCAACCCCCGAGGUGGAUACAGAUGGGAGCUGUCGGCCUUCAUCAUCGGAGUGUUUCUGCAGCUGCUGGGGCUUCCCUUCGUGGCCGUGUCUCAGGUGUCUCUCUUCUCUAAAGUCACUGCAGAGAAAACACAAGGAUUCAGCCAAGGUGUCAGACGCUCGGUUGGGGGCCUGGCCACCAUCUUGGGUCCUUUGUGGGCUGGAGGACUGACCAAUCAUUUGUACAUAAUGCUGGGCAUGAUGCUAGCUCUCCUCGUCAUGAUCACAGUUAUGACAGUGCUGUCCUACGACCGCCUGACUCAGCCCAGGGCAGUGCAGUGCGCCCAGAGCUCUGACAGCGGAGGAUAGAGCUGCAGUCUGUCUGGAGAGCCGAGAGGGAAGGGCGACAGAGGGAGCGCUGCAGACUUCACAGCAGGAAACUGAAUGAGGAGGGAAUAAAUAUGUUCAGAACACAUACCGUACAGAGCCUGCCACAGAGGUGACCGCACAUGUUGUUAAGCUUUGCACCAUCUCUCUGCUAUCAGAUGUGAUUAGAAUCUACGUGCAUGUGUAUGACUAUCAGACUAUUAAUUAUACUUUACACAAGGGGGCACCAUUGCUCUCAUAUUGAAUAUUCAGAGGGGUAAUUGAAGAUGAAAGCCAUUAUUUUUAAACUGAACUAUUUAUAUUCCCAGGUGUUGAUGAAAAGAUAAGAGAGCAGGUUUUUCUUCUUCCAUGUGACCCAUGUACCACAUUUCCAUUUCUUGUCUUCCUCUAAAAAAAUAAAUUUAAAAAAAACGUAGUUGAAAAUGAAACAGUUGACAUAAUGGGUGCAGAAGUGGCGUUGUCAACAUCUAAGCAGCUCCAUGUCAGUGUGGCUGAUAGAAGAAGAGGGUCAAAUAAAGUGAAGCUUUAGAGAUGUCUUACUCUUCAUCUGUCGUGUUGAAGGAACAUUUCUAGCGUUAAUGCAGAGCCUUGGAUGAGUAAAGCAGAUAGAUGUUAUCUGAACCCAUUCCUCAAUAUGCAAAUAAGAAGCUCCUGAAUUAAAACCAAAUUUUAGAAUACUUGUUAAUUAGCCAUCUCUAUCGUUUUACUAUGGGGGGAAUUAAAGUUUAAUUGCCUGUAUUCAUAAUUUAAAAUAUGACAAGGUGUGACUUGUGUAAAGUCAGCUGUUUUUGCCUAUAUUCUCCUCGAGGAUGUGCUCUAUGCUACACGUCUCCCUCUGAGAGGACAACGUUGUAAGCAACAUCAAGACAUUGUACAUUCCCUUUGUACCAAUGAGCAUGGCUUUGGCCAAUCUCUGUGUUUUUGCAUAAUUGCAGAUAAGGCUCAGUAACCUUUUCCAGUUUUCUACACUCAGCAUGUGAUGUUUGGCUCUCCAGAGGCUUUUCGCCUGAAAUGGAAAUUUUAAUCUUUGCGAUUCAAGGACAUAAUAUAUAUAAGUACUUUCAUGCCCUGAUCAGCGUAUUCAGGUACUUGACAUUUUAAGGGAGAUAACAGGGUGCAAAAAAUCAGGUCAAGCCUGAAUUUACUCUCUUUGAAACAGCUUGUUUCUUCAGCAUGAUUCCUGCUGUCCUGUGUUCUUAAACAAUCUCCUUAACAACAACCUAAGUAUCCACAAACAUUUUUAAAGCGACUGAAAAUGUGCAUUUAAAUCUCCA